GCUUAACCCAGCUUAACCGGAGAAAUAAAGUUGCGUUUUCAAAUUUCUCCCGCGUAGUGUGGACGAGACCUAAGAUCUGUAAGAAGAGCACGUAUCCAACUGUUUAACAAAUCGAGUUUAUAUUUAAAAGAAUCAAGUCGGACACAUAACAGCUACGGAUCAAAUUGCUUUCGGUAAGUAGGUUUACUUUCCACAUGAAAUUUAUGAGGCUGGAAGAGGCUGCAGGAAGGUUGAAAAAGUCCUGUCCGAUGAAGUCUGGAAACCAGUUUGCAAGUUUCAAGAUGGCGGCUGUUUCUCUAUUGGUUGGUCGCACUUCCAGAUAUUUUUCACCCACGGUCAGGGCAUUUUGUUCAAAGGCCGUCAUAGAUCGUGGAGUUGUUCUCGGUGUGUAUGAGGUAGACAGCCGUAAUGACACGGACAAAUGCGAAGUAGAGAAUUUCUUUACCGAUGCAGCUAAAAAUUUCAACUUAAGAACUUCAGGAAGGCUCAAAGAAAUGAUCAAACUGUAAGAAACUAACGCAUGCUAUUGACUAUAGAUAUUAUUCUGAUUCAUUCAUUCAUAAUUUUUUUCUUUAUCUGGGUGGUUCAUGUUUCAAUGUGUAGCGUGACUGGCAUGGAUGUGUUGUGUGACAGCCCUGCAAACUGAUCUUUGCGUUACAUAUCGAAAGUUAAAGCCUCCCAUUUGCCAAAAAGUUCAUCUUGUGUCACUUGUUCUAAACUUAAACCAUGUACGCAUUAAUCCCAUCACCACUUUGAAGGUAACUGUUAGUACGAACUUGACUUUCAAGGGAUUGUGCCUCAGAGCAGAGAAUUUUGUAGUGGUUUUCAAUCUGGUAGAAAUAUUAUGUGGUGAUCUUGUAUGCUUAUAUAGGCACACACGAGGCUGUCCCAACCCUCCUUGUUCUACAGUACACUUUGGCCAUAUAAUUCCUCAGCAGUAACACCCGUAGUUUGGGUUGUAUUGUUUUCAGUGCUUCCAGUUUCUGUAACACCCCAUGGGGGUUACUCGACAAAGUUUUAUAUGGAGAGGCUCUAGUGCAAGGUCCAAUACCUUACCCUUUUGUAUACCAUUUUGACCAAAAAUGUACCCCUUUCAUAUACCUUUAAUUCAAAAAGGUACCUCUUUCACAUGCUUGAAAUCAUGACUGGCCCGUAUUUAUAAAUAAAUUGGCGAGAAAGAAAAUGUUGUCUUAAGUGCUUAAUAAAUUAAACGAUACAGCCAUAAGGUGCAUCGGUUCGAAAAAAUACCUCUUUUGGACAGAGCCUCCCUAUAUAGGCAGAGCAGGAGAAAAACGCAGGUCUGAUUGCCCGGGGCAAGUAACUUUUGCUCCUGGGCAAGUCAAAAUGGAAGUUUGGUGGUCUGGUGGGCAAGUGCAAUUAGCCUUCGUAGCAUGGAUUAAUUUGAAAUACAUCCAUUUGUGUUACAGUCCAGUAUCUUUCACCCAGUUUAGUACCAGUAAGCUCAUUUUGUUACAGUCUAUCACUGAUUAUAGACAGUACCUAGUAAAUGAUGUACCUAAUUGAUAAGGCAUGAACACCGCACACCUACUGGGCAAGACAUUUUUUAGUGGGGGCAACUGAAAUUUUACGCUAACUGCAGAAAUUCUUGCAUGCUCAUUGGCUAGUUUUCAUUGUCAAU